AUGAACAAAAAUGGUGAAUCAGAUCUUAUUUCCAGGAGAUUAAUGAAUGAAUAUAGUCUCCGUUUCACAAGGAGAGCGAGUUCAGGGCAAAACUCGAGCAAAAAACAUCAAUUCAAAACUAGUUCCCCUUUGGACGUAGCUAUUCUAGAUGUGGCCGUUGGAGCAUGGAAAAGUGGAAUCGCAGCUGUGCUCACCACAAAACCUGUAGUUACGGUCACUGGUCAGACAGAUGCGGAUAGCGUGACGAUCAACAUCGAGGACAAGAACUGUGACGUUGACGCGAAGAUCGGCAAGCAGGCAUGCCGAAACAUCAACACCUGCUUACGCUACGAAGGUAAGGGAGACACACCAAAUGACCUGGAAUUCGUACUUCGCUACAACUUGGAUGACCAUUCGCCCGAGCCCCGGGCCUACUUCUUGCAAAAAGAUAUUAGAAGCGAUCGCGAUAUCACAGUUGCCAAGGAAUCGAAGACGAAAGAUCACCCAAAUGUGAUUGAAAAGAGGGUUCGACUUGAAAAAAAUCGGCAGAAAUGUUUUAAGCAGAGAUUCUUCGCUUCCAACACAAUGAGAGAUAAACUCUCGCCGAUCCAUUGGUCCGUCAAUUACACCUAUGAAGAAUCACGAACGGGUAAGUUGAGUGGACAGCAGCUGGAACCGGCCAUUGACACUACAGUGCCACUAUCCUUCGAGAACAAGAUCAAUAUCGCAAACAACUGCGGUAAGGACGACGUAUGUAUCCCUGAUUUGAAAGUGCAAGCAGUCUCGGACCGAGAAAAAUUCCUGAUUGGAACAAAGGACAACACCCUAAUGGUAAACGUUACAGUACAAAACAGCGGUGAAGACUCGUAUGAGACGAAGCUUUUCUUUGACGUUCCGGAAGGUUUUGAGUACAGCGGAGUGGUGGCCACUGAUGAGAAGACGGCACCGAGUUGUUCACCAACCACUCAAGAACCGGAUGAGGACGGCAAAUGGACUUUCGCCUGUGAACUCGGGAAUCCCUUACCACAACAGAAAACCUUGUCGACGGUGAUCCGAAUUACCGCCAAUGAGGCGAAGCCUCCAACAAAACCGAUCACAAUCCAUGCAUUUGUCAACAGCUCAAAUGAGGAGGAAGGGCGCACGGAACACGACAACUCUGUCACCUUUACAAUCCCAGUCGACAUCAGAAAUCAACUAUCCCUAAAUGGACGAUCAAAUCCCGAACAGAUUGACUUUUCAACUAGAAACAGAACUCCUUCUGAUGUCUUCGACGAUAACGAAAUAGGCCCAGUCGUGAGCCAUCUCUAUCAGGUAUCGAACAGAGGUCCGUCAGAGAUCGAGGCUGCUACGCUUGACAUCUUCUGGCCGUCGUUUUCGGCCGACGGCGGUCAUCUGCUUUACCUUAUCACUGAGCCAGUUCUUAGUGACCCAUCAAAAGGGCGGUGCCGAGUGAAGCAAGUACAGAACAUCAACCCUCUUAAUCUGCGGGUGACCAACGAACACAUCCCCACUGACGCUCCUCAAAGAAUACAGACAACUGAUUACGGCCACACACAGGAAGAAGAUGAAGAAGAAGGAGAGGACGAGACCGAGGAGGAUAUGGGCAGGGACGAGGAGGAAACGCAAGUGAGUAUGGUGAAGAAGUCACGACAGCCGGUAGAGUACGAGUACAUCCCUGAUGAUGAGUAUGAUGAGGAGGACGAAGAUUACGAUCGCAAAGGUAGCCGAGUGAAGAGGGAUGCCAAGAGAAAAUCGGCAAAGCAUAGCGGUGCAAGAGCAAGAGAUUGGGCUUCAUUCGAUGAAUUCAUUGUAUUACCUUCGACAGGCUGUGAAAAUGUCGAAGGAUGCCCACGGUGUACUGAGUCGAGCCAGCUUAACUCGAUCUCAACCUGCGCGAUUCAGAUCUUUUCCCGUCUCUACACUAACACACUCGUUGAUGAGCGCAAUCCUGGAGGUGAAAUCUCAUCCUUAGCCCUUGCUAAGGUCACAUCAUCCAAGAUCAGUUGGCCACACAAACCAUCACUGGUCACGGCUGUAACGUCCGCUGCUGGCGUCCCAUGGUGGCUCUACCUCCUCGCAAUUCUGAUCGGUCUCGUACUACUCGCUCUGCUCAUUCUCCUUUUGUGGAGGUGUGGUUUCUUCAAACGAAAUCGCCCACACGCGGAGAAGGCUGAACGUAAGGAGAAUCGGGAUGUCGACGGUCACUACGCCGACACGAAAACACGUUACGCAGGUCCGGACAGUUACAACCCUCAACAACAUGGUCAAAUGCUUUAA